AUGUUCAGUUGGGUGAAGCAGGAGCAGGGCGGCCGCAACAAGGAGGGCGAGAUGUACCAAACCGUCACCGAGGGUCUGCAGAGCCUCUACAGCAAGAAACUACUGCCACUGGAGGAGACUUACCUCUUCCAUGACUUCCACUCGCCUGCCUUAGAGCCGGCCGACUUCCAAAGCAAGCCCAUGGUUCUGCUCGUUGGACAGUACUCCACCGGGAAGACCACCUUCAUCAGGUAUCUUCUGGAACAGGACUUCCCGGGCAUGCGGAUUGGACCUGAGCCCACGACUGACGGUUUCAUUGCCGUGAUGUAUGGUGACAGCGAAGGGGUCGUUCCUGGUAAUGCCCUGGUGGUGGAUCCCAAGAAGCCCUUCCGGAAGCUCAAUGCCUUCGGAAAUUCAUUCCUCAACAGGUUUAUCUGCUCGCAGAUGCCCAAUCAGGUUCUUCAGAGCAUCAGCAUCAUCGACACGCCCGGAAUUCUCUCCGGAGAGAAGCAGCGCAUCAGCAGAGGUUACGACUUUGCUGAGGUUCUGCGUUGGUUUGGCGAGCGCGUGGACAGAAUCAUCCUGUUGUUUGACGCACACAAGUUGGACAUCUCUGACGAGUUCUCCGAGGCUAUUCGAGCCCUCAAAGGACAAGACGAUAAGAUUAGGGUGGUCCUCAACAAGGCAGAUCAGGUGGACACACAGCAGCUAAUGCGAGUGUAUGGGGCCCUCAUGUGGUCGCUGGGCAAAGUGAUCAACACGCCCGAAGUGGUGCGAGUUUAUCUGGGUUCCUUUUGGGCCAAACCUCUGCAGAACACAGAGAACAGGCGUCUCUUUGAGGCUGAGUCUCAGGAUCUCUUCCGGGACAUCCAAAGUCUUCCGAGGAACGCAGCGCUUCGGAAACUCAAUGACCUCAUCAAGCGGGCCAGGCUGGCUAAGGUGCAUGCGUACAUCAUCAGCUACCUGAAGAAGGAGAUGCCGUCACUGUUUGGUCGGGAGAAGAAGAAGGAGGAGCUUAUCAUGAGGCUGCCGGAGAUUUACGCUAUCCUGCAAAGAGAGCACCAUAUCAGUCCAGGAGAUUUCCCCAAUGUCACCAAAAUGCAGGACAUGCUCCAGCAUUACGACUUCAGCAAGUUCCCGUCUCUGAAGAUGAAACUAAUUGAGUCCGUGGACAAAAUGCUGGCAUCCAAGAUCGCCGGUCUGAUGGCGAUGAUCCGCGAGGAGGAGUCCAAGGCGCCACCGGCCAUGGUGUCAGGUGGUGCCUUCGAGGGCUCCCAGGACGGGCCAUUUGGCCGCGGUUACGGUGAGGGCAUCAGCGCCGGUGCCGACGCAGAUGACUGGAUCGUGAGCCGGGACAAGCAUCGCUAUGAUGAGAUCUUCUACACGCUCAUGCCAGUCAAUGGCAAGAUCAGCGGCGUCAAUGCUAAGAAGGAGAUGAUGAACUCACGGCUUCCCAAUACCGUGCUAGGAAAGAUCUGGAAGCUGGCUGACUGUGACCAGGACGGCAGCCUAGACGACGAGGAGUUCGCGCUGGCUCAACAUCUUAUCAAAGUUAAGCUGGAAGGUUAUGAGCUACCUACCGAGCUGCCACCACACCUGGUACCCCCUGCCCACCGCAAGCACUGCGAAGCCGAGGCACUCUACAACCAUGCCGAAGACUAA